AUGAUAAUAAAUAAUUGAUAAACGGAAUAUUAGUUUUGGCGGUUAAAUACGAUGUUUUCCUCGAUUUAUUCGAGUUUAAGCUAUUGUUUGUCAUUGACGUUGUGUAGUACUCGAAGACAGUUGCGUCGUCAUUUAUCUUAUAACAAUUUAAAUAGUUUAUCAGCAAUUGAUUUCACUAAACUCAUAAUGGCAAAAAAUAAUAAAAAAUUAUACACAGUUUUAAUUGAAGGGAACGUAGGCAGUGGCAAAACAACAUUCCUAGAACAAUUCAAUGGCUGCCAAAACGUGCUUCUUGCAACUGAACCAGUUCAAAAAUGGCAAAAUGUUCACGGCCAUAACUUUUUGGGGCUUAUGUAUAAUGACCCAAAACGAUGGAGCUUUGCCUUCCAAUCAAUUGUUCAGAGAACUAUGCUAGAACUACACCAAUUAAGACCUAAUCCAAAUCAGAAUAUUAAGAUUAUGGAAAGAUCGGUUUACAGUGCUAGAAACAUUUUUGUUGAAAAUUUAUUCAAAGAUAAUUUUAUGUCGGCUCCAGAAUAUGCAGUACUUGAUGCAUGGUAUCAAUGGUUGAUCGAAAAUAUUGAAAUUGAAUGUGAUUUAAUUAUUUACCUCAGAACUGAUCCUGAGAUUGCUUUUAAAAGAAUAAAAACUAGAGGACGCCCUGAAGAAAAAGAUAUUUCAUUUGACUAUAUUAAAAGCCUGCAUGACUUGCAUGAGAAAUGGUUAAAUGUUAAAAUGUCUUCAAUUCCAAAUGUCCCAGUAGUUGCUGUUGAUGCUAACCAGGAUAUGGAAUCAGUUAAAAAGCAGUUCAAAUUUGUUCGAGAUUUAAUAACUGCUAAUGCAUCAGCUAUUGUUGAACCUCAAUUCAAAGUAAAAAAUAUAGAAAAUGACCAAAUUUUGAAAGAUAUUCAAAACAAUAUGUCACCUAAUUGCAAGUUAUUAUCUGACCCUACACUUAUACCCAGUCAACGUGUGUAGUAUAAUUUUUUCUUUUUAUUAAUAUGUAUUUAAAUUUAUAUUUUAUUAACAUACAGGUAAAAUAAAUGGCUUCUUUAGUUGUACAAACUGAAGGAUAUUUAUUUUUAAGUAGUCAUUUUCUAUAUUAUUAUUAAGAAACUUUAAAUUUAUGUGCAUUAUAAAAUUUAACAUUAUUUUGUUAAGUUUGAAACAAUUAUGAUAUCAAUCAUUUUUCGAUUGAGAUAAUAAGCUAUUAUUUCGAACAUGUCAAUUUAUUAUUUAUGACAAAUCUAAACAAU